UAAUAAUAAUAACAACUUGCUGAUUGGGCCGUAUAAGUACCGGAAACGCGAAGCUGGACGUUUAAGAAUAACUUUUAAGAAUAUAUAUAUAUAUAUUUAGCACUUUUAUAAUUUCCCAUGACUUCAGAGUAUAAAACGGUAACAUAAACGAUUCAGUGCGUCGUGAUCAUGAUUAGUUUUCUAUCGGUCGCCACCUGGUGGUCGUCGUUGUGUAUUCGCGACGUGCCACGUGGCUCUCGUCAACACAAGGGGCGGACGCGGACGUGUUGCAAGUUGCGGGGAGAGAGCGAGCAGCUGAGGGCUUCUCUUCCUUUCUCCCACUCGUCCAAAUGUUAACUGAGGGGAUUCUGGAGGACGACGUGGACAAGAAUGGAGCUUCGUGGUGCGCUCAACGGGACCUCGAGCACGAUCUCCAUUUGGCCGCCAAGCUCGGCAAAACGCUUCUGGACCGCAACCGCGAGCUGGAGCAGGCGCUGCAGCAGAUGUACUCCACCAACCGGGAGAAGCUGCUCGAAAUAGAGUACCUAGCCAAGCAGGUGGAGCUCCUGCGUCACAUGAACGACCAGCACGCCAAAGUUUAUGAGCAGCUCGACCUUUCCACCAGGGAUCUGGAGCGGGGCAACAAGAGACUAGUGCAGGACGAACGCCUGGCCCAGAACAAGAUCAACAGUCUGGCCGAGUCCAUAGACGGGCUUCAAACGCACGUAGAGGGGCUGCAGAACCAGCUGGAGGCGCUCGCGGAGCGCAACAAACAAGAGCAGCGACGCGACCUCGCCGCGCAGAGCGUUUCCUGUCUGAAAGAGCUCUACGACGAGCGCCGUGACGGGUGUGGACCCGACCGUAGGCGACAAACGGAGGGAUUGCGGUCGCCGCAGAGAUCCGUCUCCGAUCGAGAUCGACGGCGAGACCCAGAAGAGGAGCACGAGACCCUUCUCCGCUCGGUCGACGCUCUCCAGGGUCAACUAGCGGCCGAGAAGACCCGUCGGGAGGCGGCGGAGCGCGACGGCGAGCUCGCGGCCGAAGACAAGCGAGACCUGGAGCGGCGGCUCGACCUGUCGGCGGGUUGCCGGGCUCGGCGGGCAGAGCUGGAGGUCCAAGUGGAGCAGCUGAGGCUCCUGUGGCGCGCCGACUGUGCCAGCAGGAAGCCAGGCCAGCUCCUCCUUCCCGACACCGUGUUCUUCACCUCCGAAAAUAAACCCCAAGAGGGUGACGGUGAGUCGGAGGAGGCAGACGAGGACCAGAAGAAGUUCCAACGCCGGCGGCAGAGACGCAACAGCGACAGCUCUGCGAACGCAUCCGACGAUCACGACAAGAUGUGCGCCAGGCGAGCGGAUGUGGUGAAGCGGAGGGGCAUCUCGCUGCUCAAUGAGGUGGAUGCGCAGUACAGCGCUCUGCAGGUGAAGUACGACGAGCUGCUCCAGAGGUGUCAGCGGCCGAACGCGGGGCUGACCCACAAGUCGGUGCAGGCGUCCCGCGGCGCUCGCCCGGGCCGCCGACUCUCCGGCUCGGCCGGAGAACUGGCCGCCCGGUCGCAGGAGCCCGAGUACAAAGUCCUCUUCAAGGAGAUCUUCACCUGCAUCCAGAAGACCAAAGAAGACCUGCACGAGAAGCGACUUGUCAGGGACGCGUCUGCCGUGUGAUCGUAUCGGUCGUGGUCCUGGAAUGUUGCGCCCUUUGUUGGUGGGUUUUGCUUUCAAACCCUCCGGGCGCUUCGGGCGUCUCCCACACGGCGCCGACUUUAUACUUAAAACGCUUUCGGCAGUCAGCACUGAUCUUUUUUUGUUGAGCGUUUUUUUUCUCCCUCAAUUACUUGAAAUAUUGACAGUAUAAAAAAAAAAAAAGGCAUUGUUUGUUUAGACCAGGGGUGGGCAACAAAUUUCCUAUCAGGGGCUAUACAUAACAUUAUGAAAAAAGAAAUAUGAUGGAAAAAGUUCAUUAUUAUAUAGUAAGAGGAUUUCUGUAAUAUUUGUUUUGGUGCUUUUUAAAACCAGUGAGGUUUUAUUUGGUUUUACGUCAAAAGUAUUUCAAUGUGUAGUGCUAAUCCGCAAGUUUUCCGCCCACGCGUAACACGCGAAAGCUGUCAUGUGAGAAGAAAAGUUGGAAUGUUAUAAGAGGAUGAAAAGCUGAGUGUAAUAAUUAGCUUAUUGUAUUAUUAUUAUUAUUAUCCUUUUUUGUUUUUGUACAGUGACAUACUUUGGAAGAAGGCAACAUGAGCGCUUUGCACUUUUAUUUAUUUUGGACUAAUUUUAUUUAUGUUUUUGUUGCUUAUUAGUAGCGUUGAUUGAAUUGAAAUGCUCUGAUGUAAAUUAAAAGAAAGUGCGCCGGUC